AUGAAUAAUAUAUCCUCGCGCGUCGGCUCGCUCUUCGGUGUUCACGUCGCCGUGCUCGUCCCCAUCUUCGUCCAGGUCCACCGCUACCGGCUUUCCCCUCGCACGGCUACCCCAUCUCUCCCAUUCGCCUGUGCUUCUAUAACCCGUGCCGUCUCCUACACUAAGUAUCUUCAUUUCCUCCCAAUUCAAGGACUUCAGAUUGAGCGUGCCUACGACAGGUAUUCCGGCUGUGUAGAACUGCAGCAUCAUGAUUUCGUAUGGAUACGGGGUUUGUACGUCUUUGAACCGUCUAGCAGCUCCAUUUCGGUACUCCUGCUCGCGCAUCUGUCAUGGCUCGGUGAGCCUGGCCCGUUGGCAACGGAGGAGGGUUGGGAUGGUCUGACGGAUCUGAUCUGCUUCCAGAGCCGCGUACCAGGGAUGUCUUCGCCAGAACUUGCUGAGGAUGAGGUCAACCCGGGCUUCCCCGUCGAGAGUGCUUAA